AUGUCUGGGCGUUACGAGAGGGUAAAUGCCCACGAUGAAGACGAGGAGCACGAUGUUCCCCAGCGACGAGUCCAGAUCCCCAACUCGCCACCUCCGUCCUUUCAUUCCCGCGCCUCUUCGCCAAAUAAUCGAAAUGGCCGGGUCAACAACGACCUCGCCGAUGCGUUCGACGACGACGACGCCAGCGACGACGAAGCCGACGACAGACAGAGACUAGUUCGCCAGAACUCAACGCCGACCAUCCGAUCAACCAGCGACUCUUCACGAUUCUCUGCGCCGGCGGCCUCACGACCACGAGUGAUGGGAGGUGGAAAUGCUUCGGAUGGCGUGUUUGCCAACAUGUCCGCCCGACCAGAGCGGACAGACGCCAAUGCAGAGAAGGAGGAGCAGCCACCUACCUAUGAACAAGCUGCCGCAGAUGCCGCCCCUCCCUACUGGGAAACCACGAUUCUUGCGCCUGGCUACGGUGGUGCAGACGAAGUCUACGUCGACGGCAUGCCCGUCGGCUCGGUGUUUUCGUUUAUUUGGAACGGCAUGAUUUCGACUUCAUUCCAGCUCGUCGGCUUCCUGCUCACCUACCUCCUUCACUCCACUCAUGCUGCCAAAAACGGAUCCCGAGCUGGCCUUGGCAUUACCCUUAUCCAGUACGGCUUCUACAUGCGAGGGUCGCCUGAUGACCCGCCUAAGAUGACAGGCCCGGACGGAUAUGCCGCGCCGCAAGAUCCAAACUCCCAUGACUUUAAUGCUGAUGACGUGCGUGAUGGUCCCAGCUCCGGCAUCUCGGGCAAUGACUGGAUGGCAUAUAUCUUGAUGGUUGUUGGCUGGUUCAUGCUUAUCAGGAGCGUGGCCGAGUUCAUGAAGGCGCGGCGACACGAACAACUCGUCCUGCAGAGCCCUGAUCGCGGACUCAACGUCCCGAUCAUUGCAGAAGGCGAGAGCUCGGAGCACGUGGUAUAG